AUGCCACCAAUUCGCAAUAAAAAUAAGAAAGAUUUAGCUGAGCAAAAGGGACGAAUCUUAUUAGCUAUUUCCGAUUUACAAAAUGGACGAAUCUUACGCGUGGCUCAAGCUGCAAGGAUCUAUAGUAUACCCCGGGCGACUCUACAAGACAGAUUAAACGGCACUCAACAAAGAUCUCAAGUACGCGCCAACAGUCAUAAAUUAACUCAGUGUGAGGAGGAAUUGCUUGUCAAAUGGAUACUCGAUCUAGAUAAACGUGGAUUACCUCCUCGACACUCUCUUGUACGAGAGAUGGCUGAUUAUCUUCUUUCACAACGCGGAAACCAACAGGUUGGAGAAAAUUGGGUAUAUAAUCUUGUCAAACGUCGCCCAGAGAUUGAAUCAAAGUUCUCACGGAAAUAUAACUAUGAACGUGCUAAAUGCGAAGAUCCGAAGAUAAUCCAAGAAUAUUUUGAUCGCGUACGAGAGGUUAUAUCAGACUAUGGGAUCUUGCCAGAAGACAUCUACAAUUUUGAUGAGACUGGCUUUGCUAUGGGACUCUGUGCGACUGCCAAGCCUGGUAAUCGAGAAUGGGUAACUGCAAUUGAGGCAGUUAAUUCGAUUGGAUGGGCACUGCCUUCGUACAUUAUUUUCAAGGCAAAGAAAUACACUCGAUUAGGAUGA